AUGAAUGGAAUGUACCUUUCUGUCAUCCUUCUUAUAUCAGUGACCUCAAUUGACAGUGAAUCAGAACCUUUUCAUGGUCUUAAAAAGCCUAAUUAUCACGAUGAUGACGACCAGGCCAAGUGUACUCCAAUUCGUGAGCCAAUAUGUCAAAAUCUGCAGUACAAAGAUACCAUAAUGCCGAAUUGGGUGAAAAUGACCUCUCAAGAGGAGGCUGCUAAGCGAAUGGUUGAUUAUAAAUCUUUACUGAAUGUUAAUUGUUCCCAUUUCCUCAAACUAUUUCUCUGUACAAUUUAUUUUCCAAUGUGCACUCCUGUUCUACCAUCGUCUGCAAUCAAACCCUGUAAAUCUCUCUGUAUUCAUGUGAGAAGCCGGUGUGAGCCGAUAAUGCAACAGUUCAGCUUCAGCUGGCCCACUGAGUUGAACUGUGAUGACCUACCAAAGCCACCAGAUCUCUGCAUUCAACCACCAAACGGAUACGGUCUGGACGACCAAAAACCCAUUCUUCCAACAGCAUCGAGUAACAUAGCGUCUCUUCAGAAAAUGUAUCCUCAUUUUCAGGAUCUAUUUUUGGAACGAGGUCAUGGAUCACCAAACAUUGAUUCGUUUAUUCAAGCUGCUGUUGCAGAUGGUUCGAUUCCAAUGGUAUCUAGGGCGCUAAGCCAUGUCUGCACAGGUGCUGAAUUUUCCGCUACCCAAAAUUCUAAUGACACAUGUCUGACGUACUGUGGAGUUGAUCUUUAUUAUCGACCGGCGGGCAAGAAAUUCGCUAGAACUUGGCUUUUAAGCUGGUCUGUUCUCUGUGUUAUCUCAUCAGCACUAACCUUUCUCACUUUCUUUGCUGAUGGUUCACGACUGCAAUACCCCGAGAGGCCUGUUCUCUAUUUAGCAGCUUGUUAUUUUGUAAUGGGAUUGGGACACAUUUUUCAGUAUUUCCUGGGUCCUGAACGUGUUAUCUGUCGCCCUAUGCAAAUUACAGACAGCGGAUCUGAAAGUAUCACACGGAAAUACCUUCUAACAGGAGGACAAGAAAGCACACUAUGUACUGUUGGUUUUCUCAUUACCUACUACUUUGGAAUGGCGAGUAAUUUCUGGUGGGUUAUGCUCAGUCUAGCUUGGUACCUCUCGACAUCAAGAAAGUGGGGCCAUGAGGGCGUGGAGUCGGUCAGUAGUGUCUUUCAUAUGUUUGCUUGGGCUCUUCCAGCAAUUCAGGCCAUACUCAUUCUCAUUCUGCACAAAAUUGAUGCAGAUGAACUAACAGGUACUUGCUAUACCGGUUUUCACAGCGAAUCAGCUCUUAUGUAUGGUGUUUUGUUACCUCAAGCAAUCUGUCUCGUCUUGGGACUUAUGUUACUGUCUGUUGGGUUUGCGGCCGUUUUGCGUGUUCGACGUAAUCUUAAGGCACCAAUUGAUAGGGAGCGAGAUAGUAGACGACGUUUAGAGAAGUCCAUCGCCAAACUGGGAGUAUUUGUCGUUCUCUACACUUUUCCCAUGGGCUGUCUUCUUGCUAGCAAUCUCUACGAGUACCUCGGACAGUCGAAGUGGCGAUUGGCACUGAAGGAACUCAGCACUCUUCGUCCCCAUUGUCUCUCACAGCGUGGAAUUGCAUGGGAAUUUCCCGACUGCCAUCCGAAAGAGUCUCCUUCAACAGAAGCGGCAAUGCUGCGAAUUUUUAUGACCUUUGUCGUUGGAAUCACUUCUGGUAUGUGGGUUUGGGCCAACAAAAAGACCCUAGUUAGUUGGAAACGAUCGAUAUGUCAUGGAAAACGUCGCCACCUAUCAUCGGCAGUUCCACAAGCACCACAGCGACAACUUCCACUUCCUCAGACGCAACAACAGAGAUCAAAAUUAAACAGGAACGGAGCUUGCAUGUCUCAAGGUUACGGUGGACCUUUUUCUGAAGAUGGAGCUGAAUCUGAGCGGCCUGAGCGAGGAUUUGCAAAUGAUGCGACCACCUUAUUCUCAUCACCCGCGGUUCGGUACAGUUCAAGCGUAGCUUGUCAAUCUUGUCAUAUUUGUCCCCCUCCUCCUCCGGCCCCGACAGAUUUGACAGGGGGCGGCUAUUCAUCAGCAUCAGGCCAAUCCUUGGGUUUGGAGAUGUAUGGGGAGUGUUUCAUGCAUCAACAUAUGUCUCCGCUAUCACUAGACCAGUGUUAUAACCCAACUAAUUUUAGGAACUUCCAGAUUGGCGAAGGGAAUAGUGUCAUGCCUCCUUUGUCACGCAGAUCUCAGCAGAACAAUAACGAAUGCAACUGA